AUGGAAUUGAAGGGGGACAUUGAUCCAGGGAGCCUAGCCAAGAUCCGACGGGAAGCCAAAGCUGCAUCCAACUCAUCCUACAAAGCUAUUCAGUUGUUGGCCAACACUUUGUCGCCCGUUGUUUCGAUGGAUGCAUUUCUGCCGAGAACAGACUCCCCUGGCAGCAAGGAUUCAGGAGCCCUUACUCAAAGACCAGUGCUGAUUUGCUGCGCUGAUGAAGAGAGAAAACAGUGCUGCGAAAGCCUUGAUGAGAUAGCGUUUGACUUGGGCUUGCGCAAUGAUGCCACUGCUCAGGAAGUUUAUGACACGCUGUUGCAAAAAGUUCAGGAACUCACGCAUGCUCAAGAGGUGACCCUCAGCAAAUUUCACGCUCUGAACUUCAAGAUUGCCAGUUGCCUGCCCUUCUGGACAGUGUUGAAGAAAGUGCACAAGUUCAGGCAAACGCAGUCCGGGGAUGCAGCAGGAGAACAAGAAGACGAGGAAAACAACCAAGGAGAUGACAGGGAUGGGACGACUGGGGAUGUGCAGCAGCAAGGGCAAGAUACCAGCAUUGACAAUUUACUCAGGGUCUAUUUUUCUGAACGCCCUCUACGGGAAGCGCACCUGAUGGUUCUGCGAGAUACCCAAGACCGAGAAAUGUGGGAUCACUGCGCAGCAAACGCGUGGAGCAUCCAUGCAAUGUUCGACCAUGUGUACAGGCUUAGCGAUACUUUAGCUAGCACAAAAGAGUGCAUCGAAGACCUGUUUGGUGCUGGCAGCGACCUCCGUCGCACCAACAAAAACCCGUGGAAGUGUUCCACAGUAGAGCGACUACACCACUUAGCAUCCUACUGGACACGGCUCAAGGAAAGCUCUUGGCCCAAACUGAAAAUUUGUAUGGGUGACUUUACGUCCACUCGGAGGGAACGAUGUAAGAGGUACGUCAACAUUGGAACAUAUGCUCCAAUGUCCAACACACUACAGGUGGUUCGCUUGAGUGGGAUCAAGAAACGCCAAGGAUUCCGUGCGGACGCUAAUCCAGCAGUGGCUGCAUUUGAGAGCAAGCACCACCGACUGCCAGACAUUGAUGACAUCAAACCAGCAAGCAACCUUGCUGAAUUCAAGUCUAUUUCCUCCAUGGUUGUCCUACGAGCAGCAGCACGGUCAAGGUUUUCCAAUGUCAGCGGGUUUUGGGUGAGUCAGUUAUUGACAGAAUCUUGCAUUUUUCUGGACAAGCUUUCCGGACACUACUACCUGAGCCUGGGGGUGCAUGGGAACACUGGCCUGUUCUGGCAAGUGGAGGAGUUCGAAAAGGAUGGAAACAUGUACUUUUGUUUGGCUUUUCCUGCUGAAGGAGUUGAUGAUGGCAAUGCCCGUGGCCGAUUGCAAUUUUUUUGCACUCAACAGAUCUGGGGCCCCGCCAUGGCAGAAAACAAUGAAGAGUACGAGGGGGUUCCCACCAGAAUAUGCUGUCCAUGGGAACUUCCAGACGAUGGCUUCACACCACAUGGCAUCUUGCACAAGCGCACGGGGCCAAAUGAGCCUUUAGUCAAAUUUUGGCUUCGCUGUGGCCAGAGUUUGGAUGCACGCUCGUUGAACAGGUAUUCCUUGAUCUCUGCAUUCUUUCCAGACAUCUCCGACGAGGAAAAGCAGACCAUGCAUCGUCGAUGGUUUCCAGAUGCUGCAAGACAACAACAAACAAAGCAAAAAGAAAACUUUUCGGCUAGUUACUUAGCUGGUGUGCUAAGUAAGCUGGAGCACGAGGAAGAUGGAAACGAAUUCGUGCGUUUGAAGGAAUCAAUAGAUGAGGAACAGCGAACACAAUUCAUCCUCUCUCGGGUAGGACAUGCUCGCGCAAAAGCGGCACGAUUCACACCACGCCACAUCAAAAACCUGAAGCCUCCAACGCACGGCGCAGUUUUGACAUGGCAGCCAACAUGUUUUUCUUUCCAAGCAUAUUUUCCAAUACCGGAAAAAGAAAGGAAAGAAGCAGCAGAGAAAGCAAAAGCAGCGGCAAAGAAACGUGCGACACGAAAAGUUCAGACUUACUGGAGCCGUUCACGGAGUUACAAGGAAAAGAGAACUAAACUAGAGGCCCUGACCUGGGUUGUGAAGUGGCUGUGGAAAAAACACAAGGAGAGCGGCGGAGACAUGACUGAUGCUCCAUCAGAAGACAGAAUAGCUGAAGCUUUGGCAGAGGGUUCAAAACCCGAUGCUGAAAUUGAUGAUGAGGAGGACACACCUCCAGAUAGUGCUUCUCGCAAGAGAAAGCGUGAGAACAAAAAGGAUGAGGAUGAGGGGUCCAACGCUUCAAAGAAGGGUUCCCCGUCUGUUUCACCUGAACCUAAGGGCGUAGUUUCAUCAAGUUCUUCUAGCUCAAGCAGUUCAGCCGGAGACCCGGCAGCUGAUAAGAAAGAAGCUGCAGAGACUCCUACAAAAGGAAGGGGCAAGGGCAAGGGUCGUGGCAAAGGGAGAAAGGCUGCUGAAGAAACUUCAGCUCCACCUCCCAAAAGAAACAAACCUCUCGAUACGUCAAGCGUAGUCUCUAAGAUUCCCCUAGCUGUGCAAGCACAGUUGGCCAACAGCAUGCCCAGUGCAUCUGCUUCUUCCUCAAAAAGAGGCAAGAGGUAA